AUGUUAUCUAUAAUAAGUAUAUAUUCUAAAAUAAAAUAAAUUGUUGUAUUUGAAAAUCUGUAAUUUUUUCAUAACUUUUUUCAUCAAUAUGAUGAUGAUCCAACUGAAAAUUUUGCUGGUUUAAUAUAUAUAGAUUCAACAUUAGGUGAAAUAACUAUUAAUAAUUUGUUUUGUAAAGAAAAUGCAAUAACUAAUUCAUUAGCAUCCUUUAUUUUUAUAAUUUCACAAGCAAUCAUAUUUAAAAAUAAUAUCAUAAGCAAUCAUAAUGUAAUUAAUUAAUAAUUAUGGAGUAAAUUUUAUCAAUUGGAUCUUGAGAGAUAAUAUGAUUAAGAUCAAAUUAAUUAAAUUAUUCAAUAAAUUUAUCCUAUUAAAGUUUAAGGAGGAGUGGCAAAAAUAAUAUCUGAGAAAUUUGUUUGUAAUAAUUCAAUAUUUCAAAAUAUUUUAGCUUUAACAAGUGCUAUCUUCGAUAUUAAAACUUAAGGUCAAGGAUUAAUAUAAUUUGUUAGUAUUUCAAUUGAAUCAAUAUCUUCUAUUUAUAAAUAUGGCACUGAUAAUUUCGGAUGUAUAAAUAUUAAUUCCUAAAAUAGUAAUUUAAAUUUAGAAAUAUCUAAUUCGAAUUUUAUAAAUGUAUUUAAUGCAAUGAGUACUGUUUUAUUUUCUAUCAGUCCAUCUUAAAUAAAAGCCGAAAUAUAAUUAAAGAAUAUAGAAGUGAGAAACUGUUUCUCAUUCAUAAAUUAAAUAAUUAAAGUCUAAUUUUCAUUAAACAAAGAAAAUACUUAAUUUGAACUUAAAAUGUUUAAUAUUAGAUUAAUAUUUGAAGAACAAGCUUGGAUUAAAUAUUUUUCAAAAUAUAAACAAAUUGAUUAAAUUACUUAAAUUAAUGAAGAUAAUGGAAUUUUUAAUGUAAUAGGAGGUUAAAUUAUAAUAGAUUAAUUUGCUAUUUAAGGUAUCAUAUUAUCCCAGAUAUUUAAAAUUGUAAAUUCAAUAUAAUUGUUGAUAAAAAAUGUGUAAAUAUGUGAUAUUUAUGCUUUUUAUUAAUUGCCGUUAAUUCUUCUUGAUCAAUAAUUAAAUUCAAUUGUUAUACUUUAAAACAUAAUUAUUUAACGUUUUUCAAUUUAUUAAAUGAAUUAUCAUGAAGAAGACAUUAAUAACAAGCAACAAUUUGUAAUCAUUUAAUGUUAACUUCAUAAAUUAGACUUAAAAGAUGAUUAUAGUUCUUAAAAUUUUCUAACAUAAAAAAUUUCAUUAUUAUAAGAAUAAUCAAUUAAGAUAGGUUAUCCAUUAAUAAAAUUUAUGAGUUCAAACAAUUAGGUAAGGUUUAUAAUAAAUUAAAUUAAGUUAAUAUAAAAUAAUUGUUUAAGUUGUUCAAGAGGAAUUUUAUUUUUUGAUCUAAGUGAAUUUAAUUAUGUAAAAAUUUAUGAGCUUUUAUGUAUUUAUAAUUAAAUAAAAGAGAUUGGUUGCUUAAAUUUUUAGAGUAACUAAAAUAAUAAAAAAAAAGUUUCUGUAUAAUAUUCUGAUUUUAUUUAAAAUAAUGGUAGUAAAGGAGGUGCGAUAAAUGCUGAAAAUAUACAACUAUAUUUAAGUAAAUGCAAAAUAAUUGGUAAUAUAGUAAGUAAAGCAGGAGGAGGUAUUUACGUUGAUAUAAAUAAAAAUGAAUUUAAAAUAACCUAAUCUAUUUUGAUAUUAAAUAAAGCUAAAGUAGGGGGAGGUAUUUAUAUAGCAAGAUAAAAUGUAAAAAACGAUGAUAACCUUUCAUAAUGCUUUUUUCUUUUUAAUUAAGCUGAAAGUUAUGGAGAUAAUUUAGUUGAGAAUCCAACUCAUCUAAGUCUUUCUAUUAAUAAUAAAGAAAUAAUGUCUAAAUAAAUGGAUCUAGGAAACAAUACUAUAUCAUUCUCAAUAAUUAAACCGUAUAAUAUUAUUGAAUAAGGAUAUUUAUUAACAGCAAAGCAAUUAAUUAUUCCAAGUAAUUAGAAGAUUAGUAAUUAUAAAAUAUAUGUUCCAAAAUAACAAAUAUUUCUAAAUUAUAUCGAAAGUAUGCUAAUAUCAUUUAAAAAUCGAUAUAAUGAAAAAUUAGAAGAUUUAAUUAAUUCAUCUUGUUAUGUUAAUGCAACUAUACUUUAUAAAAAUAAUAAGAAUACAUUAUAAGAUAGAAUAUAAAAUUUAGAAUUAGAUUAAGAUUAAUAAGGUUUUGAUUUAAGUUUUCUAUCUUUUAGUUUUGAUCCUUAUGAUUCUGAUUUAUCAGUAUUAUAAAUAGAAUUGAAUUGUUAUUUUUAAUUGAUGGAUGAAAAGUUAUAACUUUAAAUUUAUGCUAAAACUCUUAAAUGUUAGUUAGGAGAAUUCUACAUAGAUAAAGGUUGUUAAAUUUGUUAAUCAAAUUAAGGAUUUUAUACUGUAACUUAUAACUCUACAAAAUGCUCAAUAUUUGACAAAUAAAAAUUUGAAAAUAUAUCAUCGAAUUAAAUUAAAUUGUAUCCAGGAUAUUGGAGACCUGAUUACCUUUCAGAUUAUACAGAAAGUUGUUUUAAGAAUCCUACAUUUUGUAUUGGUGGUUGGAAUGUUGGAAAUAAUCUAUGUAGUAAAGGUCAUUUAGGAGGAUUAUGUGAAGAAUGUGAUAAUUUUAAUUUAAGAGGGGAUGGAUAAUUUUAUAAAAAUUUAGAAGAUUUUUAAUGUUUAGAAUGCAAUCAAAUUUGGAAAAGUAUGAUACCAUUUAUAUUUACUUCGAUUUGGUAUUUUAUUAAAUUAAUUAAUAUUAAGGGCAUUAUUAUCAAUUUUAAUCACUUUAAGAAGUAUUGAAAUAUCAAAUAAGUUGUUCUCAUCUCUUAAAAUUGGAUAAAAGUAUAGUAAAAUCAUAUUUAAAUUAAAUUAAGGUAAUUAGAUAUUAAUAUUAUAGAUCAUGAAAGUAUUCUUAUUAAAAUGUUACUUAAUUAUUUAUGGAUAUUUUCAGUUGUUUUUAAUUUUAAUAUCACUUUUUCUAUUUCUUUUAAUUUUAUUGAAUAAACAAGUAAUACAUCAUAUUUUAUGGCUAACAAUUUGGAUUGUUAUUUAUCUUAAAUCUAAAAUAUAGAAUUAAUCUAUUUAAGAUUAAUAUUUAUGAUGAUAUUGAUUAUAAUUCAACUGUUAAUAAUUUGGAUAGGAUUUGCUAUUUAAGCUAAAUGUAAGAAAUAACUAUUGAAUAGAAGUAUCAUUUCAAAUACCUUAUUAUAUUUAUAUGUAUCAAAUUAUGCUGCAUUAAUUAAAUAGUAAUCAAAAAUAAAUUAUUAUUAUUUAGGUUUAGUUCAAUUAUUUCUAAUAGAUAGAUUUCAUAAAUUUCAUAUAUACAAGGAGAUGUAUCUCUUUUAUAUGGCACUGCUAAUCAUAUUUCAUGGAUUAUUUAUUUUGCUAUUCCAGGUUUAGGAAUUUUUGGUCUGUUUAUUCCUUUCUCUUUAUUUUUCAUAUUGUACAUAAAUAGAAAAUAAUUGGAUAAAAUAAAACUCAGAAGACAUAUAUGCUAUUUGUUUAAUGAAUAUAAUAGCGAAAGUUAUUAUUGGGAAUCAAUUAAAUUAUCAAAGAAAACUAUUAUUAUUAUAAUCUUGACAUAUUUUGAAAGCAAUAUUUUUUUAAAAGCAUCUCUUUUAGGAUUAUGUUUAUUAGUUUAUUAAUUGGCAACUGUAAAACACAAACCAUAUAUAAUUUCAAGUUUAAAUUUUUUAGAUAUUCAAGCAGGAUAAAUUUGCUCAAUAACUAUAUUUAUUGCUGGAGCUAAUUAUGUAAGCGAAUAAGAAAAUAACCCAAAUUUAUCAAUCAUUUUAUAAAUUUGUAUUGUUCUACUUUGUAUUAGAUUAUGUUACCCAUUUAUUAUUAAAAUUUUUUCAGUUUAUUUUAAGAAAUACAAAAUUCCUUUUCUAGGAAUAAUAUAUAAAAUUUCUAGAUAUCUAAUGCCAAAUUUUUCUCUUACUAAAUAUUUUAAUAAUUAACUCAAAAAAUUAAACUUAAUAGAAUCACGUCUUAAAAACAAUUUUACAAAAAUACGUUACCAUUUAAAAUCAUUAUCAAAGGCUUAAAAAGGACAUUAAAAGUAAUAAAAAAAUUAAAAUAGGCAAUUUAUUUCAUUGAUUAGUUCCAUACAAACAAUCAGAUUUCCAUAAACUAUUGUAGAUGUAGAAAUGAACAAAUUGAUUAGUCCUUGA